AUCGCUAAGAAAUUGUAAAUAUUGUGCAAAAGGAUUAGAACAUUUGUUUUACCAAACAUGUGAACCCCGGAGAAUUUUGUGCACUGACAUUUGGCCGCGAGAUAAUGUGAAUUAAUAUCAAUAUUUCCGGAUUUAUGUGCUAAUUCGUCUCUAAAAUGGCUCUAAUGCAGGAAAAUGAGUUUCUAUCACUUGAUGUGGAGGAGCAGGAAGCUGAAAACCAACCUAAAAGACUGAAGACCAGAGAGAAGCGUACCAAACUCAGCCAGCGCGAUAUUUUCAUUAGUUUUGUGGAGCAAAAUCCGGAAGUACUAGACAAUAAUGAUGCAGCAUAUGCAAAAAAAUGGAAAAUUCUGGCAAGUAAACUUAAUACGAUUGAGCCGAAGAAGAGUACCAGUGCGUGGAUAAAGAACCUCAAAGAAUGGGAGUACUCCCUCAAAUCCAAAUACAAUAAAGCGAAAAAAACUCCCGGGUGGCAACAGAAAUGUCCAAUUUUGAGAUGA